GGCCAAUCAGAAGGCAGAAGUGUGGACCACCUCCAUUGUUGGCCCACGAGCAAUUGCGACUGCAGUCCAUCCUGCCCCAUGUUCGCCACCGGUCGGUCCUUCGUCAUCUCCAUCGCUGCGCCGUUGCGCGUUGCCAGCAACCGUCAAAUCAACCGCAAGCUUAAGCACCCUGCGACCCUGCGCAAGAUCGCACGUAAGGAAGCUGAGAACCCUGUCGAGUGCGUGCUUCCACCUUUGAAGUACCAACCGACGUACGUCCCUGAAAAGGUGAGCUUCAACGGUUGGUCCCCUGCGCGCGCGGAAGGACCUUUGGAAGGACUUCCGUUCCAUGUGAAGCGCACAGCGACUGGAUUGCAAUUGCCUGUGUACCGUGACUACCGCAAUGGCCGGACGCGCGUCAUUACGAUCGUCCGUCGCUUCCACGGCGACGAAGCAGCGUUGCAACAAGAGCUGUCGACUGUGUGCCAAGGCAAGGCCGUUGUCAGCCGACCUGGCCGACUGGAAGUCGUGGGAGACUACUCCGCCGCUAUCAAACAGUACUUCACCGGGUUGGGGUUUUAAAUGUGAAUAUACAAACCCGAAUUGUACUCUUCGGAAC